GAAUGCCUAAUUUGCCUUACGAGUCAUAGAGAAGGUUAUUUGCUGAAAGCAAAAAAAAAAAGAAAGAAACAGAAACAAACCAAUAGGCAGAUAAACUAGCAACAUAUCGUAACCCGGAAAAGUAGUGUGAUAACAUAAUCUCUGCAUGUUAUAUUUCACUCUCUUUCUCUCUCUAAAUCCCCCUUUCUCAAUUCUCUCUCUCUCGUUCUCUCUAUGAAACUCUACGAUCAAAUAAUCAUCAUUUGCCGUUUUCACGUUUGAAUGCUCGAUUUGCGUAUCGUUUGCCACCUUAGUCGCUGGAUAGCAAAACGAUAAUAACUUUUCAAUAGAACAGACUAUAAACACCUUUCCACCAAUCACGUGAAGGAUGUUUUUAUUUCAAGUCUCCGUAGAAAGUGCCUUAUUCGUACUGAUGUAUUGAAAAUCACGCAUACAACAAACACAUGCAACAGCAAACGUGCAAGAAAGUGGCAUGGAAAUCGAAAAUAAAACAAGAAGAAUGAGCAUGUGCAGAGUAACAAGAUAACCCCGCAAAAACCUGUAUAGGAGUAUGGAAAGAAGAACAAAUUUGAUACCACACAAGUCAAUGAAGAGAGAUAGGAAGAGGGGGGAUGAAAUUAAGAAAUUUAUGAAAAAAUUAAAAUAAUCGAUGAAACACUCUGAUAUGCAACUCUUAAGCAGAUAAACAAGGGUAAAAAAGAGAAAAAAAAGUCAAAGGCGCUUCGUUUAUCCUUUCGUCAACCACCCAAGGUAUUGCACUAAACUAGUGGACAUAAUAAUUUUGGGAAACAUGCUUGCAAAAAGAGCUGUAAGAGCACGUGAUUGCGCGGUUCAGUUGCGGGGGCAGUCCCUGGUAGCGACAUCCUUCAUCAUUCGCAUACUAAGUUAGAAAUUAUCAAGAUAUUCUUAGCUUUCCAUAUCCCGUAGCUUUCUCUAGCGAAAACGGAGACGAAGUUUUGCUCAGAGCAACACCUAAUCUAGCAUUAGCCAGUCGGUAGCAGACUUUCGUUUUACUGCAAACGUAGCUGCAUGCCGGGUUCGAUAAGCGUUGGUUCCAAAAACAGAAAAAAAGCGAACAAAGAAGGACGGGGCUAAAUCGAUAUUUUUUGUACAUAGCGUGAUUUCUUUUUAGGAUCGUUCGUAAGAUUAGCUGGGUUAGUCGUUUUAACCGAUAGCAUUGGUUUCGUAUUUGAUUUCCGGUUUUGUGUUGUGAUUUGUAGCUUUCCCCUUUGCUACCCAUCCAAAAUGCUGUUUCUGGCGUUCAGCGGAGACGCGAACGGUAGCGAUUCACAAGGAUAUGUUUGUGGACCCAAGCAUAGAAAACAAACAUGGAGAAAGAUAAUGAGACAGGAAAAACAGAGGUGCCAGAAGGAGCACCAAGAAAAACGACGAAGGGAGGGCACUCGUGUGAAAACUCUUGGAAGUAAUACAUGUAUUUCCAUAGAAGUGUUCCUUUUUUUUAUAAAAAGAAAACAAGAAAAAAAUCAAUCAUUGUAUAGCAAAAGAUGGACACGCGUUUUUGCUCACUUUCAGGCGAACCGUCCUGCUCAUGAUGACAUCGCACAAACCUUUCAGAUUAC